CUCUUUUCGCUUCAUACAUACAACACUUGCUGCUUUUGUAUAGACUAUUCUUAUUGCCGGCUAGACUUGCGCUCUCAUAGUCAACACAUCGGCUUAAUCAAUUGUUUGAAGCAUCUUGUCGAGAUUUUGUUAGAUAUUCUCUCAGAUAAUGGCACCCCCCGCGCAGGAGCGGAAGCUCCCCUUUGGGAAGAUCGAGCCCAAUUCCGCGAAGUACUUUGCUAGCUGUACGCUUGGUGGGAUUAUCGCUUGUGGACCGACACACACAUCAGUCACCCCCCUCGACCUCGUCAAAUGCCGCCGCCAAGUCGACCCCAAAAUCUACACCUCCAACCUCUCCGCAUGGCGCUCCAUCUUCGCCAAAGAAGGCCUCCGCGGCGUCUUCUUCGGCUGGACCCCCACCUUCGUGGGCUACUCCUUCCAAGGCGCCGGCAAGUACGGCUUCUACGAGUACUUCAAGUACCUCUACGGCGAGCAGCUCUUCCCUCACACGAACCGCACGCUCGUCUUCCUCGGCGCGAGCGCCUCCGCCGAGUUCUUCGCCGACAUGGCCCUCUGCCCCUUCGAGGCUGUCAAGGUCCGCAUGCAGACGACCCUGCCGCCCUACGCGGGCACCCUGCGCGAGGGCUGGCGGAAGGUUGCGGCUAAGGAGGGACUGGCGGGUCUCUAUAAGGGGAUUGCGCCGUUGUGGGCGCGUCAGAUCCCGUACACGAUGACGAAGUUCGCGACGUUUGAGGAGACCGUUAGUGGGCUUUAUUGGACGCUGGGGAGGCCGAAGGAGAGCUUUGGGAUGCUGCCGCAGACGGGGGUGAGCUUCUUGGGGGGCUAUAUUGCGGGCAUCUUUUGUGCGGUUGUUAGCCAUCCGGCUGAUGUUAUGGUUAGUAAGUUGAAUGCUGAUCGAAAGGCUGGGGAGUCGGCCUCGACGGCGGUGUCGCGGAUCUACCGUAACAUCGGUUUCGCAGGGCUGUGGAACGGCCUUCCUGUUCGUAUUGUGAUGCUGGGUACAUUGACUGGGUUCCAGUGGUUGAUCUAUGAUUCGUUCAAGGUGUUCCUGGGUCUUCCCACCACCGGUGGGCAUUAGGUGUUGGCGUGGCCUUUGUUUUGAAUAUAUUCGGAGUAGUGUUGCUUUAUAAUUAGCGAAUGAGAUUAUAA